CUUCUUCAUCUCUGCUUGGAGUUGAGAUUAUAUUUUCUUCGCUCGAUCUUUUACUUUUUCCGGUGAAAUCAAGAUCAAAGGUGUCUCAUCUCGCGCCGGAGGAAGUGAAGAUUCAGACUGAAAAAUGUUGGAGAAGAUCGGAUUACCGCCGAAGCCAUCUUUGAGAGGAAAUACUUGGGUCGUAGAUGCUUCUCAUUGUCAAGGAUGCACUUCUCAAUUCACUUUCAUCAAUCGAAAGCAUCAUUGCCGGAGAUGUGGGGGUUUGUUCUGUGGAACCUGUACUCAGCAAAGGAUGUCACUCCGUGGACAAGGUGACUCACCUGUGCGUAUUUGUGAACCAUGUAAGAAACUUGAAGAAGCUGCACGGUUCGAGUUGCGUCAAGGUUACAAAAAUAGAGCUGCUAAAGCAGGUGGCUCUAAGAGGACUUUAAAGAAUGAGGAUGAUGUUCUCAGUGAGAUUUUAGGCUCUGAUGUUGAUGUAUCUUCCUCAUCAGAAUCAGUGUCUAGUACAGACAGGAUUGCUUCUAAAGAAAUGGCAAGCAGCAGUAGUAACAAAGAUAUGGAUUUGGAUGAUGUCUCAGAUAGUCCUGAAGAUUUGCGUAAACAAGCAGUAGAAGAGAAGAAUUUGUACAGAGUUCUUAAAGGAGAAGGGAAAUCUGAUGAAGCUCUAAAAGCCUUUAAGAGAGGGAAGAAACUUGAGAGACAGGCUGAUGCGUUAGAGAUAUCUUUAAGAAGGAACCGGAAAAGGGCACUCUCUAUGCAAAAUGUUUCCGAGACGCAGAACAAGGCUGCUACGAAAGAGUCUAGCAAAUCACAAAAGCCUCCACGUCAAGGGGGUAAAGGAAAUGAUGAUUUGGCAGCUGAGCUGAGGGAGCUCGGGUGGUCUGACGAUGAAGAUAAAAAACCAGCAACUGUAAGUGUGGAGGGAGAAUUUUCUUCGCUUCUCCGUGAAAUUCCCCGAAAGGCUAACCCUCAGAAGAGUGGGGGAAUUGACAAAAGUCAGGUUAUUGUCCUUAAGAAAAAAGCCCUUGCGUUGAAACGUGAAGGGAAGCUUGCGGAAGCUAAAGAAGAACUGAAAAAGGCUAAAAUUUUGGAAAGGGAACUUGAAGAGCAGGAACUUUUAGGUGGGGGUGAUGAAUCAGAUGAUGAGCUAUCUGCACUUAUUAAUAGUAUGGAUGACGACAAAGAAGAUGAUCUGUUAGCUCAAUAUGAGGGGAGUCAUGAUUUCGACAUUAGUAAUCUUAUGGGAAACGUAGAUGAUAUUGGAGUUCAUGGUGAAUAUGAUGUCACAGAUGAAGAUAUGGAGGACCCUGCAAUUGCUGCAGCAUUGAAAUCUUUGGGUUGGACUGAGGAUCCUGGACACCGCGAGAAUAUCCACACUCAACCGUCUCCAAAGAACAGAGAUGAAAGUUUAGCUGAAAUUCAGACAUUGAAAAGAGAAGCCCUUAAUCUUAAACGAGCUGGAAAUGUCGCAGAGGCCAUGGCUACACUAAAGAAGGCAAAAUUACUUGAGAAGGAAUUAGAAGCUGCUGAUAUGUCCUCACUUACUGUUGAUACAACUGGGGCAGAGAAGGACACGAGUCUGAAAAUUGCUCCCAGAAGCAGGCUAGCGAUUCAGAAAGAACUUCUUGCAGUUAAAAAGAAAGCGCUUACUUUGAGAAGGGAAGGAAAGUUUAACGAAGCAGAAGAAGAAUUGAAGAAAGGAGCAGUUCUCCAAAAUCAGCUUGAUGAGCUGGAUAAUUCGUCAAAGUUAGCAGCCGCGGGAAAGGCCACUCGUGAAAAAGAACAUCUUGGAAAUGAUCUGCCUGAAAUUAAUUCUCUGGAUGAUGAUGGAGACGUAGAUGUAAAAGAUGAGGAGUUAAAUGAUCCGAAUUACUUGUCGAUGCUAAAGAGCUUAGGUUGGAAUGAUGAAGAUAAUAUUCCUCCAGGUUCUUCAUCAGAAAAAUCUGACCCAGUUAGUUCUCGACCAGGGAAAACAACAGAAACUCAAGGUGCAUAUGAAGUCCGUGUAACUAAACCAAGAAGAAGUAAAGCUGAAAUACAACGAGAACUCUUAGGGCUGAAAAGAAAGGCUUUAACUUUGCGACGACAGGGUAAUGUUGAUGAAGCAGAGGAAGUUCUCAACCAGACAAAAAUAUUGGAAGCUCAGAUAAUAGAGAUUGAUUCAGGUAAGAGUCUUUAUGCUGACAGUGAUCAGCUGAAAAGACAAUAUAAUGAUAUUGCUGCCGAUAGUGGGGUCAAUGGAGGAGAUGAUAAAGUUACAGAAAAUGAUAUGAAGGACCCAGCACUAUUGUCGACUCUUAAGAAUUUGGGAUGGGAUGAUGAAGAACCCCCAAAAAAGGAAGCUGCCUUUAGUUCUACACAAUCAACAGGUCCACGGAUAGCAGCCAAAACCAAGGGACAAAUCCAAAGAGAACUUCUUGACUUAAAAAGGAAAGCACUUGCCUUCAAGCGUCAAGGGAAAACUGGAGAUGCGGAUGAAUUAUACACCAAGGCCAGUGUUUUGGAGGCACAACUGGCAGAACUAGAAACUCCCAUGAUGGAGACGAAAGGCUCAGCUUCUGCAAUUAACCCUGAAAUCUAUAUGGACGUUGAUUUAUUAGUUGGAUCACAAAUGGAAGAGAAAGCCGUAAAAUCUGCUAGUGUUUCUCAUACUGCUCAAGAUAGUUAUGACUUGUUAGGAGACUUUAUCUCUCCUGCUAAAUCCGGUUCCUCUAGCGUUGUUUCUCAACCAGGCCAGCAGCAACCAAGUAUGAUGGAUUUACUGACUGGUGAGCAUUGUGAGAGGUCUCAAAUUCAUGCAGAAAAAGGAAUUGCUGAGAGUAAGUCAGACUUUGGUUCAGGAAACAAUCAUGGCACUGAACAAAGAGUGGCACGUGAAGAGCCAGAGCCCAGUAAUAUUCAAUCAGCUUCGGUUCAAAAUACAUCUCCUCAGAACACCCUCAAACAAGAAAUUCUGGCUCAUAAGAAAAAGGCAGUUGCGUUCAAGAGAGAAGGUAACAUGAGUGAAGCCAAAAAGGAAUUGCAACGAGCAAAAUUGUUGGAGAGGAGCCUACAAGAAGGAGAAAACCCCUCUCCUCCUGAAAAGCUCGGACGAGAUAAUAUGGUUUCUACAACGCAGGAUCCUCCUGCUCGAGAGAAAGAGAAUAGUCCUUCAAGUUCAGCCCCAAAGGCAUUGUCUGGUCGUGAACGUUUUAAGGUGCAGCAAGAGUCACUAAGCCACAAACGUCAAGCCAUGAAGCUUCGGAGGGAAGGUAAAAUGCAAGAAGCUGAAGCUGAGUUUGAAAUCGCCAAAACUCUUGAAGCUCAACUGGAAGAUUCAACAUCCUCUAAACCCGAACCAGUGGACGAUGUAGCAGUGGAAGAUUUUCUCGAUCCUCAACUCUUAUCUGCCCUUAAAGCAAUCGGAUUAGACAAUCCUAUAAACCCUCCAUCUGUGAGCAAAACAGACACAACACAGGCUGCUCUGAAACCAAACCCAGUGAAGGAGAGUAAUAAUAAUCAAGAGAGAAGUCAAUUGGAGGAACGCAUCAAAGCGGAGAAGGUAAAAGCUGUGACACUGAAACGUGCAGGGAAACAAGCUGAGGCAUUAGAUGCUCUGCGACGGGCAAAACUUUAUGAAAAGAAACUAAACGCUCUUGCUUCAAAUUGAUUUGGAUCUUCUCUUAAUUGGAUAUUUGUAACAUAACCGUAAAUGUUGCUGGAGUGUUUUAUCAGUAACCAUGUUUGUUGAUGGAAACUAGUAAACUACACAGAAGACUCCUAUUCAUUUGAAAUCAGAGUUUUCUCAUUUGCCUA